GCCCCCGCCGGCCGGCGCGGGAGCCACAGGGAGCGCCAGCCCGCGUGAGGGAGAGGGAGAAUCGCCGCCCGUCAUCCCGGCACGAAACCGAGCCGCAGCCCGGCAGCCAGGUGGAUCAAGGUGAAAGAUGGCUGAUAAGAACAGUAAAGGAGACGAUGCUUCUGUGGAGCCUCUGGCGAUGGACAAGCACAUGGCUGAAGGCAAAGGGAAAGGAAAACUGACAGCCCAGAUGAUGCAAAACCCACAGCUGCUGGCAGACCUACAGGAACGGCUUGACAAUGUGGAGCACACUCCUUCCAGCUACAUUGAAACUUUGCCUAAAGUUGUAAAGAGAAGAAUAAAUGCCUUGAAAAAUCUUCAGGUCACGUGUGCCCACAUAGAAGCCAAGUUUUAUGAGGAAGUUCAUGAGUUGGAGCGGAAAUAUGCAGCCCUUUACCAGCCAUACUUUGAAAAGAGACGAGAAGUAAUAACAGGGAGCGUAGAACCCACAGACUCGGAGUGUGAGUGGCACAGCGAUAAGGAGGAGGAGGAGGAGCUAGCAGAAGAGAUGAAAAAGAAAGCAACGGUAGAGGAAAAUAAAGAAGGAUCAGAGCAGGAGGAGAGUCCCAAAGGAAUUCCUGACUUCUGGGUCACCAUCUUCAGGAAUGUAGACAUGCUGAGUGAGCUUGUGGAGGAACAUGACGAGCCUAUCUUGAAGCACUUGCAGGAUGUUCGUGUGAAGUUUUCUGAGCCCAACGAGCCAAUGAAUUUUACAUUAGAGUUUCACUUUGAGCCAAAUGAUUAUUUCACAAACUCCAUAUUAACCAAAACGUACAAGAUGAAGUCUGAACCCGAUCAAGUGGACCCUUUCUCCUUCGAAGGGCCAGAGAUAGUUGACUUUGUGGGGUGCACCAUCGAUUGGAAGAAAGGAAAGAACGUGACGAUGAAAAACAUCAAAAAGAAACAGAAGCACAAGGGGCGGGGCACUGUACGAACCAUCACCAAACAAGUACCCAACGAUUCCUUCUUCAAUUUCUUUAACCCAGUCAGAGUUUACGGAGAUGGUGAGGCAGAAAUGGAUGAAGACUCCGAGUUUAAUUUAGCAACAGAUUUUGAAAUUGGGCACUUUUUCCGUGAGCGGAUAGUCCCUCGAGCGGUGUUGUACUUCACUGGAGAAGCCAUUGAUGAUGACGAGGAAUAUGAAGCGGACGAGGAUGAGGAAGGUGAAGACGAGGAUGAUGGUGAAGACGACGGGGAUGAAGAGGAUGAAGCUGACACGGAUCCCAAAAAAGAGCCCAACCAGCCUGCUGAGUGCAAGCAACAGUGAGUGGUCCUGAGGAAACGCCAUUGCCUAGAGAGUGAUGCCUACGGUGAAGUGUAUCGAAUUACCCUGCAGAUCAGGGCACCCUCCCCGACUGCAGCACAAUGUUAUUAAGCUAAACACUAUGUUAAAAUGCAUGGGUUGCUCUUUAACUUCAAUUUUUUUCCUACUUUUUUUGGCUUGUACAGCAACGAUUCUCUACUUUAAUAACAAGUUUGAGACUAAAGUCAUGGAGCGUGCACUCUGCGACCAAAGGAACGCGGUGUGAAAUGUAGUGAGUGUUAAAUGCGCUUGUCACUUGCAAACAGGGCAGUUCUGCUCCAUGUUGCGGGCAGUGGUUUUUCAUGGAGUCUUGAGGUGCAUCUCUCCUGUGCUGCCCGUGUCAGCAGCCUCUUCGAUUACAGCCCUUCCUUCGCCAUUCAGACUCCUAUUUAUAGUCAUGAAUGUAACUUGAAAAAGCUUUGUUGUUCAGAUCAGACAGAUUGCACCAUUUUAGGUCCAAAACAGAUCGUUCAAUAAAGCCACCAGGGAGGCAUGAGAGCUGCCACCCGCCCUGGACCUGGGCACGACCACGCCACCUCACAGAGGAUGCACGCCAAGGCUCUGUGACAGGCAUUGUCGGUGUCUUGUGGAAGUAAAAUCGUUAACACAGAUCUCUAUUUUUUUUUAUUUGUAUUAACUGUGAGUGUCCAGCACACCGCACUGUGUCCAGGCAUAGCCAGUGCUCCAGCCUUAUCUCGUUCUACACAGUUGUAAUGUAUCUUAAUAUGCUGUUUUCAAUUUGUACAGAAUAGCCAGAGUAUUCUAAUAAAGUUGUGCAAACAUUAA